UUCAUUGCCUGUCAAUUUGUUCAAUACUAUGACGUAUGAAACUUGAUGAGAUCUCCUUAACUAGACAAAAAAAUAUAGCCAAAAUGUGGUAUGAUAAAAUGUGCAGUUUUUUGCAGUAAUUUUUCUAAGUAGAUGCUAUCGUUUUUACAACAUGCUGGCAUCAAUUUUUAUACCACAGACCGCUAUGGUACCAUAGAGGCCCCAAAACAUUGGUUGGGGCAGAAAAAUGGAGGAAAUUGUGAAACAAGUAACGUCAAAUUUAUAGUUUAUUUCUAGCGAUGUCAAAUCUAUUCACACAGUCAUGGGUAUAGGAAACACUCUCCUACUGUCCCAGUGCACAGCGUACCUGCUGGCACUGGUGUUAUCCUUUUUCAUGGCGGUUCCUAUGGGACAGAAUCAGAGGAACUUUGACGGCAAAUGCUUGUUGUAUGCCAGGGGAACAUGGAGUGUGAACGCCAGCUCGGAGGUAGGGUGGAAGAUGGACAUCACCUACUGGGGCUCCCAGUCCGUCUGUAACUACUCCAUCUACAUGGGCAUCGUCACAAUGAUCGUGGCCUUCGUACAGGUCGUCAGGACUUCGUACUUCCUGUACAAGGGCCUGGACAGUUCCUUCCUGGAUGCCUUUGUGUCCUUCGUGGUGAACUUCAUCCUGACGACGAUGCUGUUCACAUCCGCCCUCAUCCUGACCAUGGGGCUGAGUGCCUGGUGUCGGGAGGUCACACAGCACAUCUACAUGUGCGAGGAAGCCCAGUACUCAAGCUGGCUGAAUUGGAAGGGGAUUGACACAUCAUUCUUCUACAUCCAGCUGGGGAUGGCUCAGUUUGGCAGCUGGUGUGGCUGGGUGUGUUGGCUAAUCGCCACCAUGUUGACCGGCCUGAGGGUCUACAACUACCACCAGCGGGAGGACAUCCUGCGCAGCCUGCGGCGGGAGAAAGACCGCUUGGUGGGCUCAAACACAGAGCAGAGGCCCUUACUCAUCUAGAUGGCAAGGACCAUGAAUGAUUGAAAAGGGAAAUGUCUUUAUAGCCUGUCUAACACUGAUUUGAACUGGGGGUGGUUGAAGUUUAGGUGAAAAUCUGACAUUGUAGUCUUUUCGUUUUGCAAAAGUCUACAUUUUCAGUAUCUAAGAAAAGGUUUGCAAGCUGAGAAUGUUUUGGUUGCAAUAAAGGGACAAAGUUGUUGCAUACAAACAACAUCAAGAUGCAUUGUUGGAUUGAUAACAAAACAAGUUACUGUAAAUGCAGAAAUGUUCGCGGUGGAUUAAUGUUCGCGGUUUUCGCGGUGACGACGGUAACAUUUUUCUAUUAUGGUAUUAGAUUGCAGUCUAUGGUGUUACCGCGAAAUUAAAACCACCGCGAAAAGUCAUUUUUCCCGCUACCGCGAAAUUAAAUCCCCGCAAACUUAAAUGCAUUUACAGUACUCUUGCUUUGUUCAGACGUUAGUUUAUGGUUGGGAUUAGUGCUUAAACCAUUUAGACAUGUGUAACAAAAUAUAAGUCCAUGUUAGUUAUAAUUGAAGCAUUGCAACCUGUAUUAUGAGGCAUAGGAGCCAGGUUAAAGCUUUGUUAACAGUAUUAUGUUUAGGCCCUUCAUAUGAUGUACAAAGAGAACUUAAUUUUACUUUUUUGCUGGUUUCAUAUUGGAUGGCCAGGAAUUGCAAUAACAUUUUCCAGACCUUACUAUUCUAAUGUAUAGCUGUACUAAUGUUUCUUUGAUACUCAAGCUUGGGUCUAUUGGAGCUGAUGGUAAAUUAAGUUAUUAACACUAAAUAUGUACUAUGUAGUCCUUUGUCUUUAACUGAAAAUUCCUGUUUCCUUUUUGGAAAGGAGUAUGGUGGUGGCUACUGAGACAGUGAAUUACAAUAUGUAUCAAAGAAAGAUGGUUAUAUCUCUUCUAAAAGGCAGGGUGUAUCUAAAUGUCGGAAGAAGUUUCUGUUUAUUAUUAUGUGGCUAUCUAUGAUUGAUUGCUGGAAAUAUUACAAGACUUAAAAUACAUACAAUACAGUAUGUUAUAUAUUAUCUUAUUGCCAUGAUGUACAUAAUUUUCUUGAAAUGAAGGAAUCCAAAUCUAUUAACCAAGUUGCCAUUUAUGUUAUCCCUCACUGCAUAUCCUUUGCAGUAUUUGAUAAGUUUAUAUCUUUGAACACAUAGAGCUGAAGAAGUCUGUGGUAAUAUGUUAAUGUUGAGCUGAUGCACACAGCUGGUGUGGAUUGGCAGUGGUGGUGGCUGGUUAUGUGCUUUAAAUGCUGCUUUUACGUGAUGGUGUCUUACAGAUAUGUAACCAUUCAUUUAGUGUCUUAUGGUGGUACUUCAACGUGGACCUGACUGAUAGAUUUCUGUUUUUCCUAGGGACCACAAAGCUCCUUAUUUAUGUAAACUUUACAAUGGUAUGUUCCUUCCUAACCAACUUAUUGAAAGAAGAAGUUUUGAAACUAUUUGAAGCUGGUUUAUGGUGCCAGGUGUUAAAUGAUUUAACACAUAAAGGCAACCGGCCAAUAGCUGUCAUCCUCACAAGAAUAAAUAAGUCAAAACCAAAAA